AUGGCUGCCGUCAUCGACUGGGAAGAGGAGGAAUCCUUGCAGAUCGUCAGGCGGAACUACGCCGCCAGGCUCUGGGAAAUGUUAGAGCAGCCCCCGAUGGAUGCCGAGCCGGUCAUCUUCGCGGGCAAAAGCGGGAAGAAGUGGAAGGAGAAGGAAGUUCGAGCCUGGCUACUGGAAAAUGCCUUCCCGACCAUCAACUACCGGGUAGCAGGCUACCAGGGCAAGCAGAACCCCUUCCCCUUUGACAAGUACUUCGGCAAGUCAAACACUGGCGGCGUCGGCUUGGUCCUGGUGAAGAUCAAGGAUAUCAACGACUUUGGUCCUCAAUUUCGUGCAAUUCGCUACCUCCGACCGCACAUGGAGAAGUUGAGAGGCAAGAUCCGCUUUGCCGUAGUCGAAAAGACAGCAAAGACGCUGGACAUGAGGAAGGCUCUCAAAGCCGGGCUCAACGAGAGUCUCGAGAGCGAGCUCAUCCUUUUCAAGGACCUCGAGGGCUUAGGGGAUCGGCCUGUGGGCAACCACUGGCACGGAAACCCUCACAAGUACCGGCUCACCGACCUGAGCGAGGAGUCCGUGAACGCCUUCUUUGAGGCGUACCACGCCGGGAAGCUGCCAACUUACUGGGCCUCCCUCGAUGAAGCCCACAAGGCACCCGAGGAUGGCGAGUUGGCAAGCUUCACAUUUGACGAGCAGGUAUUCAGAGCUCCGAAGAAAACGGGGACUUUGGUCGCCUUCUUCAACGAUGCCAGUGUGGGCUGUGCCGACUGCGAGCGCGGCCGCGAGGCCUGGCGGUCGGUGCAGAAAGAGGUGCUUUCGACCAAGCGGCUCCGGGAGCGUCUGCGCCUCUUCGCGCUGGACCAGUCCCGCAACGAGCACGGCGAGCAGCUUGUUCCGGGACGCCUUGCCCAGCCAAUGGUGGUGUAUUAUCCGCCCGGCACAGCAGCUCAACGAAAGAAGCGGCGCCGGGUGAUGCACAAGAUGAGCGAGCACUUCACGAGGGAAGGUAUCCUCGAGGUCAUGAACGACCUGCUGGAGGAUGAGGACGAGGGCGAAGAGGAGGAGCUGUGA